GGCAUGUAUGUAUAAUAAGUGUAUUCUUACAUAGAAUUUUCUCACUUCUACCAUACAUACUCCCGAACAUAACCAAUCCACCGGUUAAAAGUCGCGAGAGACUUUUUCUCAAAGACGAGAAUAACACGCUUUCCAGAACUACAUAUCGCGGCGAAAGUAUGCUCGUCGUCGAAUCACGCCUACAACAAGGAUGUCGUGUGCUGUUGAGCGAGCGCGAUCUAUUAAGAAUGCACGAGAUACGAUGGGCCGUCAGCGAAUCAAUCUCCCGAAAAUCUAACGUGACGCGCUGCGCGGUUAUGGUGCAAAUCGAUCAGAUAGCUACACAUUUGAGUACUAAUGUUUACGUCGAUAAAUCGUCCACGGUAGAAGAAAUUGCAACAGCCACCAGUAAUGUACACAGUAAUCUCCACACGAUGAAUAUAUUUUCAAAUAGUGAGAACAGUUUCAUAAACCAGAUAAAAUUGAUGGCCAACAAACAGCUGGCAUUGUGUUGGGCGGCCAAUAUUCAAAAUAACAGUACUGCAGACUACGUGCCGAGUAAUGGCGACGUCAAUGACAUCGAAGAGCUUUUAGCAUUCCAUGAGAACGAAGGGCCCGUGAUGUACACGUCAUAUUGAGACUAUUGUCGACAACGUACAACUUGACCUCGACAUUCCGUGAUCGUCGGCCGCCGAUAAUAUUAAGAUAAUAUUAAGAUGAAACACAUGUAUAAUAAUACCACAUAAUAAUAAUAUAUGUAUAUAUAUAUAUACCAUAAUAUGUACCAUCUGUUUGUGAGAUACUAUUAUCCUCCACGCACAUAUAUUGUACAAUGAGAUUUGUUCAUGCGUUGUACAAUGCAUAAAUAUAUAUAUAUAU